UGGCCCCACCCGCGGGAGCGGAAGUCGCGUGACCCCGGAAGUAGCCGUCCGGGCGGCGGGCGGCCGACGACGUUCGUCAUUUGCUGCGGGAGGGAGCGCUAGCGCGGCGGUCGAGCCUCCGGUGUCCCAUACCCAGGCUAGAGGUGAGCAUGGCGGAACAGGAGCCCACAGCCGAGCAGCUAGCCCAGAUUGCAGCUGAGAAUGAGGAAGAUGAGCACUCUGUGAACUACAAACCCCCAGCCCAGAAGAGCAUCCAGGAGAUCCAGGAGCUGGACAAGGAUGAUGAGAGCCUGCGCAAGUACAAGGAAGCCCUCUUGGGCCGCGUGGCUGUCUCUGCUGACCCCAACGUCCCCAACGUCAUCGUGACUCGCCUGACUCUGGUGUGUAGCACUGCCCCGGGCCCCCUGGAGCUGGACCUGACAGGUGAUCUGGAGAGCUUCAAGAAGCAGUCCUUUGUGCUGAAGGAAGGUGUGGAAUAUCGGAUAAAAAUUUCCUUCAGGGUGAACAGAGAGAUCGUGUCAGGCAUGAAGUACAUCCAGCACACGUACAGGAAAGGCGUCAAGAUUGACAAGACUGACUACAUGGUGGGGAGCUAUGGACCCCGGGCGGAGGAGUAUGAGUUCCUGACUCCUAUGGAGGAGGCACCCAAGGGCAUGCUGGCUCGGGGCAGUUACAACAUCAAGUCCCGCUUCACAGAUGACGACAAGACUGACCAUCUGUCGUGGGAGUGGAAUCUCACCAUCAAAAAGGAGUGGAAGGACUGAGCCCCUGCCAGGAGGCAGGCAGGCAGGCAGGGCAGACGGACGGACGGACGCACAUGUCCCACCCCAUGCCCCUCCCCAUCCCAAACCAAAGUGCUGACAGGGCCCCUUCCCUGCCACCAUCCCACCUGGUCCACAGGAAGCUC